GUGCAGCUCUGCUCUAUUGAAAUCCGUUGGCACUUCCUCUGAGUAAUUUCAUAAACAUAUUUCCCAGAAAUCCAGAUUACAGUGUAAACCCACAAAAUCAGUGCAGAUUGUUUCGACUCCCACAAUAGUUCGGACACCAAAUGGGACUCAGCUAAGUUGGCACUAUUUUUAUCUAAAGAUUUGAUCCUAUUGUUAUAUAAAUCCAAUAAUCCAUGUGGGUAUAGAAUAAAUGUUUUAUCGUUAUAAUCUUGGUGAUGUUUGAAGCAUGCCCAGAUAUUCAGUUUUGGAAUUUAGCUAGAAAAUGGCUGUUGAUUUGGUAUGCCCACCACCUGUUUGAUCUUAUUCCUCAGUGAAUCUUCAUACAUUUGCUCAAUUGCCAUGAAAUAAUAAAUCAACUAAUGGUGUUGCUGGAAAUCCAGUAAAGGAGUAUGUAUGAUUAUGGGGAAAUACGUCUACGUUAAUAUUCGAUAUUAAUCAAUCUCAAAUACAUGAACAAUAAAACUUAAAUAGAUAGUGGUUUUGAGUUUGUUGGUUUUUGUUUAUCUGUGAUAUUCAUGAGAUUGAUCAGUAUCGGAUAUUAUCUUAGACUUUCCUCAUGUCUCGUAUGAUCACAUCAAGUUAUCAACAAGGUGAAGCUUGUUUUUGCUUAAAUGUUCUUGUGGUGAUCACAGCAUCAUCAUCAGUGCUAAAACUUUUUAAAGGCAAAACUUUUAUAUAGAGGGAAAAAAGAAGAUGUGUAAAGAAGAAGCUCAAUUAAAAUGCACUAGCUAAGGAAUUGAAUAAGACUAGUACUAAUAAAUAAAUUAAAAGUAAAGAGAGCAUUUUUUAUGAGUGGGUUUCAUAUUCAUAUUCUUGGCCACCAAUAACUCAAUUAGUCUUCUAGUGAGUGAGUGCUGCCAUAUCAUAUGCCUUUGUGAUUUCUUUCUCUCUUUAUUAGGGUGACUUUACAGUCUCCUAGAUUGGUACAUAACACAAACACUUGCCUAAUUUAAUCUUUUUCAUACAAACUUUUGUUUAAAUAAAAGAUUUCUUGCUUUGAUUUUGGUAUGAUAUGUGGGUCCCUUGCACUAUCCCAUAAUCAUUUUUUCAUCAUCAUCAUCAUUCUCUUAUAGUCAUAUUCACUUAUUGUUGAUCAUGGUUGCCUAUUUCUGCUUCUGUUUUUUUGGUGAGAGGUUUCAAGAGUCAUGGCUGGACCAAACAAACGAGGGAGUUGUAGAUUCAAUAUACAUGUCUCUAAGCACAUUUUGACAACGAUUGUACUUAACUGGUUCUUCUUCGUUUUGCUGCUAAGAAAUGGUUCUCCAACUUCAGCUCCUGAUAUUGAAGGUGAAGCUUUGAUUGAUCUCUUGAAGGUUUUGAAUAACUCCAAUCAUAAGAUUACAGAUUGGAAUGACUUUUAUGUAACUCCUUGCUCAGGCUGGUCUCAUGUCACUUGCUUGAGUGGACAUGUCACAUUUUUGAGCCUUAGUUCAAAUGGAUUUUCUGGAACUCUAUCCCCUGAUAUAUGUAAACUGAAGUUCUUAGAUAGCUUGGAGUUGCAGGAUAAUAGCCUGUCAGGUGAAUUACCUGGUUGUUUGAGCAGCUUGAUGAACUUGCAGACUCUGGAUCUCUCCCACAAUAGGUUUUCUGGUACUAUACCAAGUAGCUGGGCACAGCUCAAGAAUCUUAAGCAUCUGGAUCUUUCAGAAAAUGAUUUAAGUGGCACAAUCCCAUUGCAACUCUAUUCAGCUCGAACAUUCAACUUUACAGGAACGAACCUUGAAUGUGGUACCAGAUUUCAGAAACCUUGUGAUUCAGGCUCUUCUCUAAAAGUUGCAACCAGAAAAUCAAAAGUUGAACUUGUCAUGAUUGCUGCUAGCUGUGGUGCAUUCUUCCUUUUGUUAUUGGGGGCGGCCUUCACAUAUCGACGACAGCAACAUCUUAAAUUCAAAAAUGAAGUAUUUGUAGAUGUUGCAGGUGAAGAUGAGGGUAAAUUCUCCUUUGGCCAAGUGAAAAGGUUUUCAUGGCGCGAGAUUCAAAUUGCAUCCGACAAUUUUAAUGAAAGUAACAUCAUUGGCCAAGGAGGCUUUGGGAAGGUUUACAAAGGCAAAUUGAUGGAUAACACUCAGGUGGCUGUGAAACGCCUUACAGACUAUCAUAAUCCAGGUGGAGAGGCUGCAUUUCUGAGGGAGGUCCAGUUAAUAAGUGUUGCUGUUCAUAAGAAUCUCUUGCGGUUGAUUGGAUUUUGUACAACAGCAUCGGAGAGAAUCCUUGUUUACCCAUACAUGAAAAAUCUCAGUGUUGCUUAUCGAUUAAGAGACUUGAAGCCCGGUGAGGAAGGCUUAGAUUGGCCAAGGAGAAAAAAGAUAGCUUUUGGGACAGCUCAUGGCCUGGAAUAUCUGCAUGAGCAUUGCAAUCCUAAGAUCAUUCACCGUGACCUCAAGGCUGCAAAUAUUCUUUUAGAUGAUAAUUUUGAAGCCGUACUUGGGGAUUUUGGGCUUGCUAAAUUAGUGGAUGCAAAACUAACUCAUGUUACUACUCAAGUACGAGGAACUAUGGGUCACAUUGCUCCUGAAUAUCUAUCCACCGGGAAAUCCUCAGAAAAGACCGAUGUAUUUGGAUAUGGUAUAACCCUUUUAGAACUCAUGACAGGCCAGCGUGCCAUAGACUUAUCCCGCCUUGAAGAAGAAGAAGAUGUGAUAUUGGUUGAUCAUAUCAAGAAGUUAUUAAGGGAAAAGAGGCUCCAUGAUAUAGUGGACAGCAACUUGACAGCCUAUGAUCCUAAUGAAGUUGAAAGGAUAGUCAAGGUAGCAUUGCUCUGCACUCAAAAUGCACCAGAGGAUCGUCCGAGGAUGGCAGAAGUGGUGAAGAUGUUGCAAGGAGUAGGCUUAGAUGAGAGGUGGGCCGAGUGGGAGAUGCUUGAAGAAGUGAGAAGUCAAGAGUUGCAGUUAACUCUCAUGAAGCAUCGGCUUGCUUGGAUGGGCGAGUCGAUGGAUGAGCAGGAAGCCAUGCAAUUAUCAGCAGCAAGAUAAAUAUAAGCCCUUGAAAUUUCCUGUUGCAGGAUUUAUAAUGAUUUUCCAAACUGUAUUUUCCUUGAUCUUUUUACCACUGAGAAAUGCUUAACUAGGCAAUAGUACAUAGCCAUGCUUAAUACGUAGUUUUUAGUGUGUAGUGUAUGAAAUAUGCAUAUAGAAAUAGAAACUAUAAGUGUGCCAUACUACUACUAUAUGAGUGAAACUUUCACAAUUAUAGGAUAACUAAUUAUAUUGUAUUUUGUACAGUAUUAUUAUUCUAAGUUUGUAUGAACAAUGUAUCUUCUUGAUACUUUGUAAGAGUUUUCUAGAUUGUAUGUGG